AGUACAUCCUGUUAUGUCGAGAACGAUGAGAACAAAACCUCGGACGCUCAUUGUCCUCAUGGCCAUUUGGUUCAUUUCUAUUACCGCGUUUUCGCCUGUCAUCAAGAUUACACGGGAAAUCGUGUCAUUUAAGACGUUUUGUAUGGAGACGCUCGAGAAAGCUCAGAUGAAAAUAUACGUCACAAUGCUGUUCAUUUUUAUGUAUGCCAUUCCACUCUUCAUCUUGGGAUUCUGCUACAUCCAAAUUGCACGGAAAAUGCGAACAAUCUCCACGGGAGGUCUAAGAUUUAACCAAAUGCGUAUUGCGACCCUUCAAACGAGACAACGAAUUCUGAAGGUGGUUUUUGUUGUAACAUUGACCUUCGCUAUCUGUUGGCUUCCUUUACACCUAGCAGCCAUAAUGGACGGCUUUGGGAUGUCGAACAAUCAGUUUUUGUAUUACAUUAAAAUUUACUCGCCUUGUUUUUCGUAUUCUACUACAGCAACGAACCCAGUCAUUUAUUGUUUUGUAAGUAAAACUUUUAGAAAAUUUUGUAAAGCAACCUUUGUCUGUGAAAAUGUUAGUAUCAAUGCAAUGCUUUUUGGUGACGAAGGAGAGGUAAUGCCAGCGUUACCAAGAACCCUACAUCGGAGACACGAACAGCGGGAACUCAUCUCACUUCCGCCAAGGAGAGACAACAUAAAUGUAAGGCAGCCUAUAGUGAUCCACGUCCGGCCAGCAGACUUACUUUACACGCAAACGUGACCCUAAGGAUGACAGGCAUCUGCUCCUGAAAGUAACGUAUCCGUCUGUACGUAAUUCUGCUAUCGAUAUCAUUAUCACUCACAUCAUUAUCCAUAUAAAAAUGUCUGUAUAUUUCACAAUAAUGGCAGAACACCGAUAUCUGUUUUCAUGUGCGAACUAUGAGUGAAAAAUAGCGGUAUAUUUUGCCAUUCGAGUAAAAAUCAUCAAAUUUUCUUUUGACUGCAGUUUUGAAGUACAACGACAUAAAUAUUUCGGCUUCAAGAAACAACGGGAAUUGUCGUCUUCGAUGAAAUUAUUCUACCGUUUCCUGGCAAGGGCUGCUUCACAAAAUGACAUCAAUGUCAUCAAUUGUGUAAUUAAGUGAAUUCCUGAUUGAAUGUAGGGAAAAGUAUACAUUCUACCGUUCCAAGGUUUCAAUGACGUCACGAUUGACAACAACGCAGAGCGCCAUUUUGAAUGGGGUUCUCAAUGCAAUUUUUAUGCGGCCUCAAUUUUCAUGAAGGUUUUUCCGCAUGGGAAAGAACCGGAAAUGGACGCAGUGUUCACAGAUCAAACCCUGCGCACUUCGCGCCGCUUAGGGGUUUGAAAAAAUAAUAAAAAAUUUGAUCAAAAAGGGUUGAAUAAUAUUGAAAAGCUGUUUCACGUAACGGAAAAGAAAAACCUUGUAUGAUAAUGGUUAAAAUUGUUUUCAAAUUAAAUGAUUACAACUAGGAAAUUAUUCCGAUACCAAACACACAAGAUAUAGCCUAAAUGUCGUCAAUUGACAUGUUUUAUUAAACCGAGGACGAGGAUAUUUCUUUCUAAUGGCUUAGUUGUUCUUGUAACAGUGAUGCUAUGAUUGACGGUAAUGUAUUGUUCGUGUAAUUAACGUCUAUAUAGCCUUUGUUAUGAUUUGUAUGAUUUGGUGAAUGUUUACAUCACUGCCUAACCGGAGGUUCCCAAUGUUUAAUUUCUGAUUGCCUGUUGGUAACA